AGUCAGUUUCCAUCGGGACUCCCAGCCAAGAGGUGGUGUACACGUGCAACCCUCCAUUUGGGGAGUAACGAGAUUUACACGGAAAUCACGUCGGCAACAUCCUACACGGUGGUGUAUCAAUUACAUGUGGGUUGAAAGUCAACCCCACGCUUUGAAAGUGAAUGCCGGCGAAAAGAAUAAUUUCUCACAAAAGAUGACUCUCUAAUUUGAUCUCUCACGCAGUCAGGAAUUGUGUGUGCAAGGUGUAUAAUAAAAGAAGGGGUGGAGGAGAGAAAAUUUUGAAAAUUAUGUGGUUGUGAAAGUAAAUGUUGGGAGAAAAAAAUUGGAUUAGUGGGAAAAACUGUGGUAUUCUUGUAUGAGAGAAGACAAUUCAUGUGAUUGCCCUGGUGGUUAGAUUGAGGAUUAUCCCGUGGGGAUUUUCAAUAUCACCAUAAGAAUCACCCGCUGGAUUGCUCGUGUGAAUUGUUUGUGAUUGGUGCUGAAGGAAGGAAGAUCAGCGUGGUAGUGAGAGAGUGUUUAAGUGCAAAUCAAAAUGACUAUUUAAUCUACAGCUAGGUCAUUUGGUGGAUUUCUCACAGAGUGUUGCAGCCCCACACGUUGGAGAAAUCCAACUUCUGUGCUGGAUAUGACAGAGUGGGAAUCUCGCAGUGAAAAAUUGUGGAUGGUGCUCAAGUGGAUGUAAAAGGAGAGUAUUUUGUGGAAGUGAUAAGAAGAAAACCCUUGAGGAGAGUGUGCGAAAAUGUGUCUCAAGUGCUUUCCACAGGACACUGCGUGGUGGGUGUGAAUGAGGAAUAUUGACAUGCAUAUCAUGAGCCACUUACCCAAAUGGCAGUGCUGGAUGUUCCUGAUCGGAUCCCUCAAAUAGCACCAUCACCACCAUGUCUAGGGCCACUUUUUUACACUUCUAUCACUUAGCACUCAUUCACGUGCUCAUCGUUCUUGUGGGCACCACCGAAUCACCGUUCCAGGAAAUACCAACACCUCCGCCGGCGAUGAGUUCCACGGAAUCACCGCAGAUCUCAUACAAUUUCUCUCUGACUUCAGCCAAUGCACCAAUUGAGGUGGUCCAAGAAUCUCCUACUCCAGUGCCACUGAGUGCUCCACUUGUGUAUAAUAAUGACCCAGUGGCGGUGACAGAGUCUGCUGCUGUGGGAGCUACCACCACUGCAUCCCAUGGCCGAAGGGUGGUUUCGAAAGGGGAAAGUGGCAAUAAAGGUCGGAAGACGGUAGAGGACAAAUUUCAGAGAGUGCUGAAGACGAAUUCAUCGCAAACAAACAGUAGUGUGAGCAGGAACCACAAAACUGAUGCUCCCAUGCUCAACUACAUCUUCGAUUCUCAUAUUGUCAAUAAACAUCAUCAUCAUGAUUUUAGGUUUGGUCCACGGUUUGAGGACACUAUCGCAAGCCAAGCAAAUGUAACAGUCCGGGAAGGUGGAACAGCGUAUUUUAAUUGCAAAAUCACGUACCUUGCAGACAAAAUGGUAUCGUGGGUUCGUCGAAAUCCCGAGACUGAUGAACUGCAGUUACUCACCGUGGGCCAUCAUACCUACAGUGCCGACUCACGCUACAGCGUUGACUUCGAAUAUCCCAACAAUUGGAGGCUACGGAUCGUGACCGCCGACCGAAGGGAUGAAGGAAUCUACGAGUGCCAAAUUUCGACUCACCCACCGCGAGUCAUUCAAAUUUACUUCUACGUCAGUGAACCGGAAGUCGUUAUUGUGGACGAACAAGGUUUACCUCUCUAUGAGAAAUACUACGAGGUGGACUCAACACUCGAUCUCAUUUGCAUUGUGCGGCACGUCAAGAUGACGACGUCGAUGGUGCAUUGGGUUCACGGGGAAGCAUUGCUGAAUUAUGACACCAAUCGUGGUGGAAUCAGCGUACGGACAGAUUUAAUGGAUGAAGGAGCCAAUUCAACACUAUCAGUGGCAAAACUCAAUAAAUCCGAUUCUGGCAACUACACUUGCUCAAUUGGACCAACACAAUUCUUCACGACAUCUGUUCAUGUCCUCAAUGCAGAAAGCUUGGCCGAACUCUAUCACGGUUCAGGAGUUCCACUACAAAUUGCAUCGAGAGUCAUGUGGCCACUUCUCAUUGUCUAUCUAGCAACUAAGGUGCGGUAUAUUUUGUUGUGAAGUGAAUAGACGCAUAAUAAAGAUACAAGGAUUAUGAGAAAAACUUCUUCAUCUAAUUUCCUACUUAUUCAUCCAUCCUUUAAAAAAAUCUCUAGAGACUUAAUGUAAUUUAUAAAGUAAGCAUUUUGUGGGAAUUUUCGCCUGAAAAAAGACAAAAUGAAGAUGCUUUUAUGGAAGAAGAGUCACGUUGGGAUUUUCUCAUCUAUAAAUAAGCAAGAAAGGAACUAAAAUAAACAAUGAUAAAUAACAAGGUCCAGUGCGUGUAAAUCAUAUCUCGCUGUGCCUCUGACAAAAAAAAGGAAAACGAAGUGAGGGUGGGAGAAGGUACUUAAAAUUAGAUAAAUUGUUGAGAGUAUUUAAUGGAGUUAGAACGAAAGCAUUUAGUGGAAAUAAACACGUAACACUAAUGACGAUUUAUCCGUCAUAUUUAUAUACAACAAUGACACGGACGAAAUGAUUGUUUUAUUUGUCAGGCGCAUUUGAGGAAUAAUGUAAUCCAUAAUGUAAUAAUGUUAAUUUAACUCAAAUAAUAACUCAUGAUGAAAACAUUAAUUUGUUUACCUGACAUGGAAAAAUAAAGAGGGAAUAAUAGAAAACUUAAAA